UGAGGUUCCAUAGGGUGACGAAGGGGACCACAAGGUGUCCGAAGGCUUAGUAGAUCAUACAUUAGAAAGUAAAGAUGUGGAUAAUGCUAAGACCGAAGAUGUUGACACAGGCGGUACCCCUAAUUGGUUGAGGAUGCCAAAGGAGGAUGAACACAUUGAAGUUAAAAAGAAGGGUGACGAAGAUGUGUUGGAGAAGAAGGUUGAUAUUGGUUUAGAGGAGCCAAUAGAUGUCGUUGACGAUGAGGACGUCAUAGAGAUAGAACCAUUUCUCACUCAACGACCACACGUUCGGCCCGCCCGUAGGAAGCGUGCAAGUGUUUACCUAUCAACCCCAUUCACAACUCUACCUAAACGGUCUCUGACAUCAACCACCAGCACCUCUGAGUCUGAAGCAAUUGUUUAUGAUCCUAUGCACAAAAUACUUGACGUCCAUUUAGAUAGACUUCGAGCUUGGAUUACAGACAAGCGUACAGACGAUGAGCUGCGUGAAACCUUUCAUGGGAAAAAAUCGAAGGCUUUUUUCAGAGACUUGUUUAUGUGUCGCCGGUGGUUGUCGGAUGAGCAUUUGGAUGCACUUUUUCUUUUCAUUCGCUUGAAGAUUAAGGCAGCCGGGAUACCUUCUUCUCAGAACUUCACAACUGCAGACACAAUCUUUAUGCGCAUUUUAGUUUCGAAGUGGCCCCUAUACAAAGAAUGUAUUAAAGAGAAUCGCCCGUUUGACUGGGACGAAGAGUAUAGGUUGGUUGACUAUGUUGUCGGGUCAAAAGUGGACUUCCAAGAUCCUUGGGCAAGUGUUGAUUACGUUUACUCUCCAUUCAAUGUCCAUGGCAACCAUUGGGUUCUAUUAUGCUUGGAUUUGGUAAGUUGUCAAGUGAAGGUAUGGGAUUCGCUUCCGUCACUUACAACUGCCGAAGAGAUGACAAACAUAUUACUGCCCAUUCGACAGUUGGUGCCAAAGUUGUUAGAUAGUACUGGCUUCUUUGAUAGGAGAGGUAGAUCAUCGACAUACAAGGAACCUUGGCCAGUUGUCAUUGUUGACUCAAUUCCACUUCAACGAAAUAAUUGUGAUUGUGGCGUAUUCGCAAUUAAGUAUUUUGAGUACAUAGCUGCUGGUGUUGGUUUAGAUACAUUAUGUCAAGAAAACAUGUCAUACUUUAGAAAACAAUUAGCAUUUCAAGUAUGGACCAACACUCCUAUGUAUUGAAAUAUUAACAUAAAUCACAAGUAUCAAUUGGCUGUUC